AUGAACAACACUUAUUACAUGGUCCCUCCGAUCAUGCAACCCCAGCCGAACCCUCCCGGAUACUACAACCCACAACCACAAAUCGAGUACCUGACCGAUCGCCAACUGAUCGCCCGCCUCCAAUACGACAAUACGGUCCUUCAACAGCAGGCGGACCAGGAACGAGCGGAGAAAUUGGGACUGGCGAAGCAGUUGGAAGUGAUGCACGCUCACAUGUUCGAAGAGCACAAGAUCCAAGAGAGACUCUUCUCCGAAGUGCUCAGAUUGACUGCGGAGAAGGAGGCGAGGGGGGAGAUGUGGGAGAGAUCAGUGGAUCCACCGCAGGAUACCAUCAACAAGGUACCUACAGUGGUUCUGAGUGCUCAGGAGGCGAAAGCGACCGGGAAGGUUCUUCUGAGUCUUCCCUCAAAAGAUGGAUAUUCCAGUCGUUGCAGUACUCCCACGGAGAAGAAGAAAUUGACUGGAGCAGUGUGUCCGUGGUGUCUCGAGUUGUUCGGAUAUAAAGAAGAGCAAGUGCCACUGCUUCUGGGUACGUAGAACUACCUUUUAGGCCUUAGCCUUAACCUUUUCUAGACAAUGUUCCAGACUUGUGCAAUGUCCUCAUGUUUGAAUAAUUGCAGGAUGUGGCCACAGCCUGUGCACGAAAUGCGCCGAGAAACAAUCAGAGAACAGUGCGUACAUCACGUGUCCGAUCGACUCGAAGGCCUUCAAACUGGGGAAGAACCGACUCGACGGACUUGAAAUGAAUCUCGACAUGUUGGGGAUUUGA